AUGGCGCUCGCAGAAGAGGAGGCGAAGAAGGCGCUCGAGGAGGGAGAAGUUCCAGUUGGCUGCGUCAUGGUGAGGGGAGGAGUCGUGAUCGCCCGAGGGCACAACAAGACCAACGAGCGCAUGGACGCUACGCGCCAUGCUGAGAUGGUGGCGAUCGACUCGCUCGUGGAGGAGGGCGGAGACAAUCUCUGGGCGCAGCAGCUGCUUGCUGGCUGUACGCUGUACGUGACAUGCGAGCCCUGUAUCAUGUGUGCCUCUGCGCUUGCGAUGCUCGGGUUGGAGAGAGCGGUCUUCGGAUGCUGCAACGACAAGUUUGGAGGGAACGGUUCGGUUAUGUGCAUGCAUGAGAGCGACUCGCAGCUGCGUGCUGUCGGGUUUGCGAGCUACCAGGUGCGAGCUGGAGUACACGAGCAGGAGGCUAUAGAGCUCUUCAAGAAGUUCUAUGCCCGUGAGAACAGCAAGGCGCCUGUACCCAAGAGG